CUUGCUAUUGCUUAUCAUCGUUCGCCUCCGCAAGCACUGUCUACUAUCCACUAGCCCUGUCUGCUAGUAUUCAUCGGCUACUCCAAUUAUCGAUCCUUUAUUUGGCGCAACGCAUUCGUUUGACGCACUGCACUCGUUUGACCCAGCGCAUUCGUUUGACGCACUAUUCACUAUGUUCUUCUUCACCCCCGUCGUCGCCACCCUCUCCGCCGCCGCCACCCAUGUGCGCGCAUACACCCUCAGAUCCGUCUCGACGUCGCCGACUGGACAGUCCGCCGGCAACUUCACGCUCCAACAGAGCGCGCGCGGGUAUACCCUCAGCGGCGGGCAGCCAUACGAGUCGCACUGGCAGCGAUUUGGGCACCAGAACGCAUCCGAGCAGCCCAUCGCCGUCCACGUCGAGGGCCUGAAGCUCAAGAUGACCUGCCCCUCCCAGAUGCAGGCCGUCCUCGUCCCGAGUGGGUCGAACAACCCGCCAUCCUGGAUCGUCGAAUUCGUGCUGGAGACGGAGGGCCUGCCGGAGGGGACGGUCGUGGACGGGUGGACGACGACGGACGAUAAGAUGGGCUUGCCAGCGACGGGGAGGUAUACGAAGAUCGUGAACUCGAUCGGGAAUUACGGCGGCUACUAUGCGCCUCUGCUCCUCGGCGAUGGCGAAAGCCAGGCGCUAACGUGGUUCAACCAGGACGUGUCAGCACACGGGAACGCCCAGUGGUGGAUGGUUAUCGACGAGGGUAGCGAUUCUCUUUGCUGAGGGCGGGG